UUGUCAUCUAGGGAUUGAAGCGGUGGACAGGGAGCGUAACAGGGAGGAGAGCAGCCAGUGCGGACACAAAGAAGACACUCAGGGAUUCUAUCUUCUAAGACAUAAAUAUGACUGCAAUCAACAAUUCAAUGGAAGCCACAAAUUUGUCCAGCAGUUUGUGGCUUCAUGAAGACACCUUAAGCUCCCAGAACAAAACCUUUGUAGACUUUUACCUCCACAAGACCUCCAUCGCUGCAGUUUUCACCAUAUCCUACCUCUUCAUCUUCCUCAUUUGUAUGGUGGGGAAUGGGAUAGUGUGUUUCAUAGUUCUCCGGAGUAGGAAUAUGCGCACCGUCACAAACCUCUUCAUCCUCAACUUGGCCAUAAGUGACCUGUUGGUGGGCAUUUUCUGCAUGCCAACGACACUCGUGGACAAUAUUAUCACAGGAUGGCCUUUUGGAAGUGUGGUGUGUAAACUGAGUGGAAUGGUCCAAGGGAUUUCAGUAUCAGCGUCUGUAUUCACUCUGGUGGCCAUUGCUGUUGAUAGGUUCCGCUGCAUUGUUUACCCUUUUAAACAAAAGCUGACCAUUGCUACCUCUAAGAUGAUCAUAGCCAUUAUCUGGGUCUUGGCGGUGUUCAUCAUGUGUCCCUCGGGGGUCAUGCUGCAGGUCACCAAGGAGAAGAACUUCCUCAUCGUUUCGGGCCAUGACAACAGCACCCGUCCCUUCUACUGGUGCAGAGAAAACUGGCCCAACCAGGAGAUGAGAAAAAUCUACACUACUGUGCUUUUUGCCAACAUAUACCUCGCUCCGCUCAGCCUUAUUGUUAUCAUGUAUGCUCGUAUCGGUUUUAUCCUUUUCAAUACAGCCAUACCCCCGCUGAGAGGAAGCGGGAAUGAAAAUGGAAGUGGCAGUGUAAAGAACAAAUCGAGCACAGACAGUCGUCACACUAUAACAAGAAAGAAAAAGCGUGUAAUCAUGAUGCUGCUGGUUGUGGCUCUCCUCUUCAUCCUUUCCUGGUUGCCAUUAUGGACACUGAUGAUGUUGAGCGACUAUGCCAGCCUGACAGAACACCAAUAUCGAAUUAUAAACAUCUAUGUGUAUCCUUUCGCUCACUGGCUGGCCUUCUUCAACAGCAGCAUCAAUCCAAUAAUCUACGGUUUCUUCAAUGAGAACUUCCGCAGAGGCUUCCAAGCGGCUUUCAAGUUCCAGUUGUGCACGGGGGACAUGGAGAGGCGGAGGUCCAGAUCCAUCCGUAUCCACAGGAAUGCCGUGCUCCCCCUUCAGCCUCCGACGGGCAACAGGUCCGAAACAGAAAGGCAUGAUGUGACAGCCAUGUUUGGGAACGGGAAUUGCAUGUUGCAGGAUAAAACGUGUUUGUCUGGGAAAAGCGCACAGACAAAUGAGGAUCUGAUUAUGGAAGAUCUGGAGAAGGUGUCCCAGAUUUAAGAAUAAAAAACAAAAUGUGGCACCUACUUAUGAACUACUACUGAAACUGUAUCCUCUGCCAACACUAAAUCUCACUUUUACUUAUCAAAUAUUUCUGUUUAGCUAGAGAGGCGUGUGCAGAGUUGUGUCAAUACAGAGUUGUGUUUAGUCCUUUCAGUAGAUUGAACAUGUUGAGUGCUCUAUUCUUGAAAAUGCAGCACAACAUCCUAAUGUAAUGAAAUGGGGAAAAUAGAUCUGAAAUGCAUUUAUACAUGGAAGGUCUCAUCACUGUGCUUUGCUAAAUGCAGGGUUUUUUCUAUUAUGUGUGAAGUGUUUUCUUUAUAAAUGAAUGUAGAAUGCCUGGCUGCUUUUGUAGAUUAUGUAAUAUGUAAAAAAAAUAAAAUAAAAAGACGAGGUAAACAACUAUAUACCAUGUUUUUCACAUGUUUACAGUGUUAAAAACAAUUACAAACAGAUGAAUGUGGUGUAAUAAUGAAGUUUUAUCCCUUCAAAUGGAUCUCUGCUUGUCUUUUUUACACUUCUGCACUGCUUUGUGUUUUCAGAUUUGUCAAUAUUGUGGCAAGAUUUCUGCAGCCAGUUUUACCUUUUGACCGUUUAUGCCAUUUGGUGUUUUCUGUCUUUAUUU